CUGCAUCUGACGUGUCGAAAACAGUUGUGGUGGUGGGCUUCACUCGUGAUCGGGAUUUACUGUCAGUUUAAGUAUUAUCCGUGUAUGUGUGUUGUUUCGUUUUUUUAAAUCUCAGGUACGCGGUGGCAAGAUGCUAGAUUUCUUCACCAUCUUCAGCAAAGGAGGGAUUGUGUUGUGGUGUUUUCAGGGAGCCGGGGUCUCCGAGUCCUUCACGGGGCCGGUCAACGCUUUGAUCCGCUCUGUGAUCCUCCAGGAGCGAAGUGGGAACAAUUCGUUUACUCACGAGGCCCUGAGUCUAAAAUACAAACUCGACAAUGAGUUUGAGUUAAUUUUCGUGGUGGGUUUUCAAAAGAUCCUGACGCUGACGUACGUGGACAAGUUUAUAGAUGACGUGCAGCUUCACUUCAGGGAUCGUUAUAAGAAUGAGCUGGAGCAAAAGGGAGCACUGAAGCUUCUCAACAACAGCUUUGAAUUUGAGAGUGACUUCAAGAUGCUGCUUAGAGAGGCGGAGGAAAGCUGUAAAGCUCGAAGUCCCGCUCAGAUGCGAACCUUUAAGGAGUCUGAGAAAUCCCAAAAAACUGUGAAGUCAAUGAUUGAGACGAAGGGUGGGGACAAAGGCAAGGAACAAGGUGGCAAGAAGAAUAAACAUACCAAAAAGGAGGCUCCUGCAGCUGAGCCUGUCAAAGGGGAUCCAGGCAAGGCCUCGUCCCCCGGCCAGAAAACGGUUGAGAAUGGCAACCAGGGCCUGACUCCUGAUGAGAUCAUGCAAAAGAAGAGGGAGGAUUUCUUCCGCAAGCGCAUGAUGGGACCUGCUGAAAAGCCCAGUAAGUCCCCAAAGCCUCAGAAGUCUAAGGAGAAAAAAAUGCGUGUUUGGGACAUGGGUGGAUGCAGCGCCAAGGACCUGGACUACAGCGAAAGGAACGGAGAUGGCUCCUCCUAUGGCGGCGAGCAGUCACUGGAGCCACCAACGGACCUGGGAAUGCAGCCGCUCUCCAUGAAGGGAGACCUGCUCUCUGUGGACUAUGAGUCUAGUGAGGAAGAGGAGAUGGAGGAGGAAGACGAGGGAGUGGUUGUCACUGAAACAACCAAGACAAGCUCCAAAAAGGGGGGUGGUUUCGGAGGAAUGUUUGGGAUGCUGAAGGGCCUGGUCGGCUCCAAGAGCCUGUCCCGGGAGGACAUGGAGCCAGUGCUGGAGAAGAUGAAGGACCACCUCAUCGCAAAGAAUGUAGCGGCCGACAUUGCCGCCCAGCUGUGUGACUCUGUCGCCAAAAAACUGGAGGGCAAAGUCAUGGGCACAUUCACCACUGUGGCCUCAACAGUGAAGCAGGCCCUGCAAGACUCACUGGUGCAGAUCCUGCAACCCAAGAGACGGGUGGAUAUUCUGAGAGAUGUCAUGGAGGCGCAGAGCCAGCGCAGGCCUUUCGUCAUCACGUUCUGUGGCGUCAACGGUGUCGGAAAGUCCACGAACCUGGCAAAAAUCUCCUUCUGGCUGAUAGAGAACGGCUUCACCGUGCUGAUCGCAGCCUGCGACACGUUUCGCGCCGGCGCGGUGGAGCAGCUGCGCACUCAUCAGCGCCGCCUGAACUCCCUGCACCCCCCAGAGCAGCACAAGGGCCGGACGGUGGUCCAGCUCUAUGAGAAGGGCUACGGGAAGGAUGCGGCCGGAAUCGCAAUGGAGGCCAUCGCCUACGCCCGCAACCAGGCCUUUGACGUGGUGCUGGUGGACACUGCUGGGCGUAUGCAGGACAACGCCCCCCUGAUGACAGCCCUGGCCAAACUCAUUGCAGUCAACAUGCCCGACCUGGUGCUGUUCGUCGGGGAGGCUCUGGUGGGCAAUGAGGCCGUUGACCAGCUGGUGAAGUUCAACCAGGCCCUGGCAGACCACUCCAUGUCUGACAAGCCUCGGCUCAUUGACGGAAUCGUUCUCACCAAGUUCGACACCAUCGAUGACAAGGUGGGCGCUGCCAUCUCCAUGACUUACAGCACGGGCCAGCCCAUCGUGUUCGUGGGCACGGGGCAGACGUACAACGACCUGCGCAGCCUCAACGCCCGCGCCGUCGUCAGCGCCCUGAUGAAGGCUUAAAGCGGCCGCGCGCUCUGCUGUGUAUUCAUCGACCGCAAGGAAGCCAACGUUACCUUCGUCACGCCGUCACAAGAUGCCCCAGCCCUGCUCCCCUGCGUCUCUCAUGCUCCCGUUGUGCCCUCUCUGCCUUUGCCUCAAAAGAACGAACUCGCGUCACGCACAGGACCUCAUCAUCCCGAGUACAGGACAAGUGCAGGACAUUUCGAAAAAAAACAAAAUCAGCGGAGCCUCCUUUUUUUUUUCCUCAUUUCGAAACCUUUGGGCCAAAAUUUCGAAAGCACCUCAGAUCAGCUCGAGUUCUGAGACGUCACACUCAAAUGACAUUUUAGCCGCCUGAAUGGAGCCGUGUCAUCAGUUUACCGGUCCGCGCAGUAAAGAUUUGAAAAACAAAUCCCCACUUGGCAUUUUCUCAGUCGGUUUUCCACCCUUCGUGUUUGAAAGAGGUCAGGUCGUGGAGGCUCGCUGGAUGUGACAUUUCAGCAGCUGCCUGCGCCUGAGGGAAGCUUAGUGACCAUAGUGCCUAUCAGUCUCCGGUGUUCGUAGCUGACCCCCCCCCCCCCCCCCCCCCCCCCCCCACCACACACACACGGAUGACCAGCCGGUCUCCGCGCAGUUAGAAACUUCUCCUCCGAGACCGUCGGAGGAAGCGGUUUACAGUUCUUCGUGGAGCAAUUAUCAGGUUAGAAGAUGAUGCACUCUUGUCAGUAGAGAAUAGACCAGGCUCAGUCAGAGCUGAUCCUCAGUAAAAACAGGUCAGGACAUCAUUACCUCCUCAACACACUGACCACUGGGCUGCUUUCAGAUCGGCUCCUCUCUGAAAGUCGUCUCCCGGUGCUCUCACCCCACCAAACGCAUUCUACUCAUUGCCAUCGCAAAGUGGACACUUGUGAUUUUCAGUUGAUAGCUGACGGGAAAAGUUGAAAGAUGUUGUCAUUUGUUUUAGUUCGUGGGGGUCCGCGGAUGCCAGACACUUUAUAAGUGGUCGAAGUUCUGUGGCUCUUUUUUAAUUUAUUUUUUCCCCUCUGAUUUAUUCUUCAUAAGAGGUAAUUAAAGUCUUAAAUAUCUCUUGCCCCCUUGGCAUCGUGUUGCAGUAUGAGAGAAUCAAGAGUUAUACAGAAGAUUUGAGCUAAUUUAUGAGAAUGUUAACAUUUCUAAAUAAAGCUGCUAUACGCUA